UGGUAUUAUUUUUAGAUUGCUAAAAUACAUCUCAAAGUUAUAUAUUGAACCCAUCCAAAUUCCUACCUUACAUUUCACCUUAAAAAUUAUUAUGUUUGCAUUGAAACAAAAUCGUAUUAAAUAAGAGUUUUUCUGAUUGUCUUUCAGAUUUGAGUUUUUAUUUGCUCAUAUUAUUAAUUUGUUUUAUAGAUUUUUGUUAUUUUCCCUUAAAAAAAAAAAAAAAAAAACAGAAAUUACUAGUAAAGUUAUCUCAUAUUUGUUAUUUUCAUAAGUCAAAAAAAAAAAAAAAAAAACUUUGUUGAUUAUCAUUCAAAUUCCAGUGUUCAAUCUUUUCGUAUUUCUGUAUUUUUAAUUAGCCUUUUAGAUUUUUGUUAUUUUCCCAUUCAUACAGAAAAAGAAGAAAAAAAAAUUAUAGUCAAGAAAUGUAACCGCAUAUACUAAGAGAUUUGCUUCAGGUUAAUUUGGUGCUCAUUCUGUUCAUUGCAAAGGUUACUUACAGAUCAUUUAGCUUUUACGUUUAUAGUUCAAUUUAAAUCAGUCUUGUAGAACGCACCAUCCGUUCAUUCAUAAUCAUAUCCAGAUCCAAACAACCGUAGACUGCUCACUACCACCGUCUCAGAACCACCAUCUUCUCACACCACCGACGAACCCAGAACUCGACAAUUUCAUCGUUCCUGUUGUCAUUUCACCGUUCCGAAGAACUCGCCGUCUCCAUCGUUCCUCUCUUCAGUCACUCUUCAUCAUUGUUCAAUCUUCGCACCAUCUUUCCGACGAACCUUCCAUUGUUAAACCCUAAAUCCCAAAUAGAAGGAUUGUUACUGUUGUUGAAGGCUUGAAGGAGACCGACUCAAGCCACAAAGACAAGGAGAAGAAAAGAGAAUCAAUGGAAAUUCUAGUUUCUGUUGUUGAAAAAGUUGCAGAUUCUAUCUUUGUGCCUAUUGGACGUCAAGCAAGUUACGUGAUAUUCUAUAAAGGAAAUUUCAAGAAGUUAGCAGCUCAUGUUGUACGCCUUGAGGCUGAACGAGAAAGAAUGGUCCAUUCGAUUGAAGAAGAAAGGGGAAAUGGUAAAGAAAUCGAAAGAGACGUUGUGAAUUGGUUGGAGAAAGUAAAUGAGGUCAUUGAAAAAGCAAAUCAACUUCAAAAAGAUCCUCGUCGUUCCAAUGCCAGGUGCUCAACAUGGCAGUUCCCGAAUUUGAUUUUACGACAUCAACUAAGUAGGAAAGCCACAAAAAUUGUAAUAGAUGUCGUUCAAGUUCAAGGAAAAGGGAUGUUUGAUCGAGUUGGUUACCUUCCCAUCCUAGAUGGAGUAGCCUCCUCCUCUGCAAAAGGUGGUGAAAAUUAUGAGACAAGAGAGUUACUUAAGGAGGAUAUUGUGAAGGCUCUGGAAGACCUUAAUUCAUGUAUUAUUGGUGUCUAUGGGUUGGGUGGGGUGGGUAAGACCACUCUAGUGGAGGAAGUUGCUCAAAUAUCCAAGCAACGCAAAUUGUUUGAUAAAGUGGUUAAAACACAUGUAUCCAAAAAUGCCGACUUUAAAACAAUUCAAGGGGAGAUUGCAGACUCGUUGGGUUUGCGAUUUGAUGAGGAGACAAUUUAUGGAAGAGCAAAUCGCCUAAGACAAAGAAUCAUGAUGGAGAAAAGUAUCCUUGUCAUUCUAGAUAAUAUAUGGACCAUGCUUGAUUUAAAGAAAAUAGGAAUCCCAUUUGGUAAUGAACAUAAUGGUUGCAAAUUAUUGAUGACAUGUAGAAAUCAAGACGUGUUGCUGCAAAUGGAUGUUCCAAAGAAUUUCACUUUCAAACUUGAACUUAUGAGUGAAAAUGAGACAUGGAGUUUGUUUCAAUUUAUGGCUGGUGAUGUGGUUAAAGAUAGCAAUUUGACAGAUGUAGCAAUUCAAAUUGCCCAAAAAUGUGAAGGAUUGCCUCUUAGGAUAGUGACAGUAGCGCGUGCAAUGAAAAAUAAGAAGGAUGUUCAAUUUUGGAAAUAUGCAUUACGGAAAUUACAAAGUAAUGAUGGUAUAGAGAUGGAUGCACUAACUUAUUCUGCUCUGGAAUUAAGUUAUGACUUUUUGGAGAGUGACGAAAUAAGGGAUCUCUUCUUACUUUUUGCAUUACUCUUUGAUAAUGAUGUUGAGUACUUCCUAAAACUUGCAAUAGGUUUGAACAUAUUAAAGCAUAUUAAUACCAUGGAUGAUGCAAGAAACAAACUUUACACAAUAAUCAAAUCUUUGGAGGCGACUUGUCUUUUGCUUGAAGUUAAAACAUGUGAAAAUAUCAAAAUGCACGACUUUGUUCGUGAUUUUGCUACCUCUAUAGCACGUAGGGACAAACAUGUAUUUCUAAUAAAACAACCAAAUGACGACUGGCCAACCAAGGAUUCUUUAAAAAGGUGCACACAGAUCUUUCUAGAUAGGUUUCCUAUGCACAUGCUUCCUCCAAUGUUUGAUUGUCCAAACAUCAAGUUUUUCUGUUUGUCUAGUGAGAAUCGAUCUUUAGAAAUUCCUGAUAAUUUUUUUGAGGGUAUGGGAAGCCUUACAGUUCUAGAUUUAACAUCUUUGAACUUGUCUUCAUUACCCUCCUCAUUUCGGUUCCUAAGCAACCUUAAAACAUUGUGUUUGUAUUUUUGCGUUCUGGAAAAUAUGGAUGCAAUAGAAGCUUUGAAAAAUUUGCAAAUUCUUAGCCUCUGGAAAUCUUCAAUGACCAAGUUGCCAAGAGAAAUAGGUAAAUUGACUCAAUUAAGAAUGCUUGAUUUGAGCGAUUCAGGAAUAGAAGUAGUCCCAUCCAACAUCAUAUCCAACUUGACUAAAUUGGAGGAGUUGUACAUGGGUAAUACCUCUAUUAAUUGGGAAGAUGUAAAUUCAAUAGUUCAAACUGAAAAUGCAAGCAUUAGUGAGCUUCAGAAACUACCCAACUUGACUGCUCUAGAAUUGCAGAUUCGCGAAACUUGGAUGUUGCCAAGGGACUUGCAAUUGAUGUUUGAGAAGCUGGAAAAAUAUAAAAUAGCUAUUGGAAAUGUAUGGGAAUGGUCUGACAUUAAAGAUGGAACUUCAAAAACAUUGAUGCUCAAACUUGGUACCAAUAUACAUUUGGAGCAUGCAAUUAAAGCAUUGAUUAGAAGUGUUGAGAAGUUGUACUUGGAUGAUGUAGAUGGAAUUCAAAAUGUGCUUCAUCAGCUAAAUGGAGAAGGAUUUCCAUUACUGAAAUAUCUCCAUGUCCAAAAUAAUGCAAACAUGAAGCACAUUGUUGACUCGAAAGAGAGAAAUCGAAUCCAUGUGUCGUUUCCCAUCUUGGAAACUCUAGUACUUCACAAUCUUAAAAACUUGGAGCAUAUAUGUCAUGGUCCACUUUCAAUCACUUCUUUUGGAAGUCUUAGUGUUAUCAAAGUCAAAAAUUGCAUCCAGUUAAAAUAUAUUUUUUCCUCUACAAUGGUUAAAGGACUUUCUUGCCUUUCUGAGAUUGAUGUUUGUCGGUGUGAUUCUAUGAAAGAGAUAGUGCUCGAAGACAACAGAUUAAGUGCAAAUAAUGAAAAGAUUGAGUUUCUUCAAUUGCGUUCUUUGACUUUAGAACAUUUGGAGAUGCUUGAUAAUUUCUUCUCUUGUUAUUCGACGGAUUCUUCACCAUUUUUCAAUGCUCUGGUUGCAUUUCCUAAUUUGGAUAACCUUAAAUUGAGCUCACUCAAUUUGAAUAAUAUUUGGAAUGACAAUCUUCAUUCAAUGCACAACUUGACUAGCUUGGUUGUGGAUAAUUGUGAUGGGUUGAAGUACUUAUUUUCAUCUAGCGUGGUUGGAAGUUUUAAGAACCUCAAACACCUAGAAAUAAGUAAUUGUGCGAUGAUGGAGGAGGUUAUAGCUAAAGAAGAGGGAAACAAUGCAUCAAAAGAGGUUCAUUUUUUGAAAUUAGAAAAAAUCAUAUUGAAGGACAUGGACAACUUGAAGUCAAUAUGGCACUGCCAAUUUGAAACAUUGAAGAUGUUGCAAGUGAACAAUUGUAACAAAAUUGUGGUGGUUUUUCCUUCUUCAUUGCAGAAAACAUAUAAUAAGUUAGAGAUGUUAGAGAUCACAGAUUGCAGUUUAGUGGAAGAAAUAUUUGAAUUGAAUUUUAAUGGAAGUAGCAGUGUAGAAGAUACAACACAUUUGAAAGAAGUUACUAUCGAUGGAUUGCACAAGCUGAAAAAGAUAUGGAGUGGUGAUCCUCAAGGAAUUCUUAGUUUUCAAAAUCUAAUAAAUGUAAAACUAAAUAAUUGUGAAGGUUUGGAGUAUCUAUUACCACUUUCCGUAGCCACUCGUUGCUCACAUCUCAAGGAACUUCAUAUAAAAUUUUGUGGAAACAUGAAGGAAAUUGUUGCAGAGGAGAAAGAAUCUAGCAGCGUGAAUGCAGCUCCAUUAUUUGAGUUUAAUCAACUGAGUACUUUAUUGCUUUGGCACUUGGGUAAACUCAAGGGUUUCUAUGCUAAAAAUCAUGCCCUAGCAUGUCCAUCUUUGAAGGAAAUUGAUGUUGUCAAUUGUGAAAAAUUGAAUUUGUACGGACCUUUAUAUAAAGGAAGCUCCAAUUUUCAAGAGGACAAACUCUUUGUAUUAAUGCAACAACCACCUUUCAUUGUCGAAGAGGUGAUUCCAAAUUUAGAGAAGUUGAGAAUAGAUCACAAGGAUGCUAACAUAAUAUUGCAAGCCCAAAACUCAAGUGGCUUAUUCACAAAACUCACAUUUCUUGGUUUGUCUGCUUAUAAGAAUGAAGAUACAUUUCCUUAUUGGUUUCUUCAAAAUAUGCGUAGUCUUGAAGCACUAGUUGUUGAAAGGAGCUGCUUCAAGAAGAUAUUUCAAGAUGAAGGAAGAAUGAGUGAGAAGACUCACACACAAAUCAAAAGGUUGACAUUGAGUGCAUUACCUAACCUUGAACAUAUUUGUGAGGAAGGAUCCCAAAUUGACCCGGUUCUUGAGUUCCUUCAAAUCUUAUAUGUUAAGGAGUGUUCUAGUUUGAUAAAUUUGUUGCCCUAUUCUGCCACCUUCAGUCAUCUGGAAUAUAUGGAGAUAAUAUGUUGCAAUGGGUUAAAAAAAUUAUUGACAUCUCCAACGACACACAGUUUGGACAAACUUUCAACACUUAAGGUAAAAGAAUGUAAUUCACUUGAAGAAAUAAUUACCGGAGAGGAAAAUAUUCACAUUACAUUUAUUAGUUUACAAAUAUUGAUGUUGGAAAGUUUGCCUAACCUCAAACAAUUUUGCUCUAGUAAGUGCUUCUUCAAGUUUCCGUUGUUGGAAGUAGUAAUUGUGAAAGAAUGUCCUGGCAUGGAGGUUUUUUCUGAGGGAUAUAUAAGUACACCAAAUCUUCGAAAAGUUAAAAUUGCAGAAAAUGAUGAAGAAUGGUUUUGGAAGGGAAACAUAAAUGACACAAUAACCAGCAUGUUUGAAGAUAAGGUGACAUUUGGUAGUUUCAAACAUUUAAAACUAUCUGAACAUCCUGAGUUAAAAGAAUUAUGGUGUGGUCAACUUCAGUUGCAUAAUGUAUUUAGGAGUUUGAAGUAUCUUGUGGUUCAUAAAUGUGAUUUUUUAUCCGAGGCACUCUUUCAACCAAAUUUACUAGAAGUGCUAAGGAACUUGGAAGAAUUAGAUGUCAAAGAUUGUAAUUCAUUACAAGCAGUUUUUGAUUUCAAAGGUGAAUUUGGAAAAGAAAUUGAUCUUGUGAAGAAUUCUACUCAAUUGAAGAAAUUAAAAUUAUCUAAUCUUCCAAAAUUGAAGCAUGUAUGGAAGGAGGAUCCACAUAACACUAUGAGAUUUCAGAGUUUAAGUGAAGUGUUUGUUGAGGAAUGCAAAAGCUUGUUAAGAAUAUUUCCACUUUCAGUAGCUAGAGAUAUGAUGAAACUUCAAAUUCUUGAUGUACGUGAUUGUGGUAUUGAAGCAAUUGUUGGAAAGGAUGAAAUAACAGAGGUGGUGGAGAUAGUUAAAUUUGUGUAUCCUCAUUUAACAUCCAUUAUACUUACUGAUUUGACUGAACUUAAGGCAUUCUUUUUGGGAGUCCAUUCUCUUGAAUGUAAAUCAUUGAAAAUGAUUGACAUGUUCGGAUGUCCAAAAUUAUAUCUAUUUAAGAUAGAGCCUUUUAGACAGCAAGAAAAUGCCAUAAAUGAUGAGCUCAAUAUCUCAACACAUCAACCUCUUUUCGUGAUUGAAGAGGUAUUCAAUAUGGAGAAAUUGAACAUGAAUAUUAAAUAUUUUGACAUGAUAUUGCAUAGCAAAUAUUCAGAGGUUCAAUUCAACAAAGCCAACCACAUUGGUGUGAGCGAAUUCUACAAUGAUGAAGAAGCUAUUUUUCCAUAUUGGUUCUUGAAAAAUGUUCCUAAUUUACAAACCAUUUUAGUCCAAUGGAGUUCCUUCAAGGAGAUAUUUCAAGGUGAACAAUUGGUAAGUAAAGAAAAGAAAACUGAAAUUAUCCCGAGACUCAAAGAGUUGAAAUUAUGGUACCUGAACAAGCUUCAAUGUAUAUGGAAAGAAAGAUUUGAAAUGGACCCUGUUCUACAUUUUCUUGAAAGAAUGAUUGUUGCUCAGUGUUCCAGUUUGAUAAAGUUGGUUCCAUCCUCUGCUACCUUUAAAUACAUGACCUAUUUAGAGGUGGCAAACUGCAAUGGAUUGAUAAAUUUGAUUACAUACGCAACAGCAAAGAGUCUAGUCAAACUCACAACAAUGAAAAUUGCAAUGUGUGAUUCGAUCGAGGAUAUAGUGAACGGUGAAGAAGAUGAGACAAAUGAGAUUGUAUUUUGCAGUUUACAAUCUCUCGAACUAAUUUCUUUACCAAGGCUUUGUCGAUUUUGCUCAUGUCCAUGCCCCAUUAUGUUUCCGUUGCUCGAAGUUGUAGUUGUCACAGAAUGUCCUCGAAUGGAACAUUUUUCAUUGGGAGUGACUGACACACCAAAUCUUCAAAAUAUACAAAUCGAAGAAAAUGAUGAAGAAAAUCGUUGGGUGGGUGACCUCAACGGAACAGUUAAGAAGUUGUUUGAUGAUAAGGUUGCAUUUCGUAAAUUCAAAUAUUUAGCCUUAUCCGACUACCCUGAGCUAAAAAGUUCGUGGUAUGGCCAACUUGAAAAAGAUGUGUUUUGCAAUUUGAAACAUCUAGUGGUGCACAAUUGUGACUUUUUAUCGCAUGUACUUUUUCCGUCAAAUGUAAUGCAAGUGCUACAUGGAUUGGAAGAACUAGAAGUAAGAAAUUGCGACUCAUUAGAAGCAGUGUUUGAUGUGAAGGGUAUGAAGUCUGCAGAAGAAAUAUUGAUAAAACAAAGCACUCAAUUGAAAAAAUUGACUUUGUCCAACUUACCCAAGUUGCAUCACAUAUGGAACGAGGAUCCACGCGAAAUUAUCAGCUUUGGAAACUUAUGCACGGUGAAUGUAUCUAUCUGUCAAAGUUUGAUAUAUAUUUUUUCAUUGUCAUUAUGCGAAGAUCUUGGACAUCUUGAAAUUCUUGAGAUAGAAUCUUGCGGAGUGUUGGAAAUUGUAGCGAUGGAAGAAGGAACAAUGGAAAAUAGCUUUAAAUUUCCUCAAUUGAAUAAAUUGGUACUAGGUGAUUUGAUAAACCUCGUGAGCUUCUAUGGUGGAAAGCAUUCUUUAGAUUGCCCUUCAUUAAAGGUUCUGGAUGUUUAUUAUUGCGGAGUAUUAAGAAAUUUUUCCUUUGACAAUUUAGACUUUCAACGAUCUUUGUUUUCUAUUGAAAAGGUGAGUCCCAACCUGACGGAAUUGGCAAUAACUGGCAUAGAUUUGUUGGAGAUAUUGAAUCAAGAAAAUAUAUUUCAACAAGUUCAAAUUCUUCGUUUGCAAUACUUGGAUGAAACUCCUACAACUUUCCUGAAUGAAUAUUCUCACACAAAAUUUCCUAAUCUUGAAACAUUCCAAGUGCGUAAUAGUUCUUUUGAAACAUUGUUCCCCACUACUGGUUAUCUCAGAAUGCAAAUUUCAAAGCAAAUAAAAUAUUUGGGGCUUCGUGAAUUGGAAAUGCUCAAGCACAUCUGGCAAGACGACUUUCCAUUGGAUCAUCCUUUGUUAGAAGAUCUUGAAGAAUUAUGUGUAUGGGAUUGUCCAAGUUUGAUAAGCUUGGUACCAUCGUCGACAUCUUUCAAAAAUUUAACCUAUUUACAAGUGGACAAAUGCAAAGAGCUGGUUUAUUUGAUAACAACUUCAACAGCUGAAACUUUAAUUCACCUCGUGACAUUAAAAAUAAUGAACUGUGAGAAGAUGCUAGAUGUUGUCAAGAUUGAUGAAGAAAGAGCAGAGAAAAACAUCAUAUUUGAAAACUUGAAAUACUUGGAAUUGACUUCUUUGUCAAGUUUGGAUAGCUUCUGUUAUGAGAAUCACACUUUCAUAUUCCCAUCUUUGUUAUUUGUCACUGUUAAAGAAUGCCCUAAAAUGGAGAUCUUCUCAUCAGGAGUCACAGUGGCACCAUAUUUGACAAAAAUUGAAGUGGGUGAAAAAACUAUGCGAUGGAAAGGUGACAUUAACACAACAAUUCAACAUUUAUUCCUAGAGAAGUUGUGAGCUAGGAGGUCAAGAUGGUAUUGCCACAGAUCCUGAGGAGUGAUCAACAUGCCAUAGAAGCAAUGAUAUAGGUUAUUUUUUUAAUUAUUCUAUGUUGUAAUUAAUGUUAUAAUUGUUUUUCUUGUUUGGUUAUGUUUUUUUUUUUUUUUGGUUUCUAGGGUCAGCACUGUACUUUGGUGUACAAACUUGUUAUUUCAACAAUUUGUUAGUGAUUUCUUUCGAUUGCUCUGCACUCUUUUUUCCUUCACUAGGUUUUAUCCCACUGGGUUUUACUAGUAAGGUUUUUAAUGAGGCAGAAGUUAUUCAUGUUUUGAGUUUUGGUGUAAUCCUCCCAAAUUUGUAUCUUUUUUUUUUUUUUUUUUUUUUUUUGUACUUUUCAAUAAAGUGCUCCAAUUUA